AUGUCUAAUGCAAUUGUCUAUGUUGUUCUUGUCAUUGCUACUUCGUUUGGUUUAGUAAUAACACAUUUUAUUAUUGCACUGAGAAGAGAAGCUAAUCAGCGAGCUAGGCAGUUAAGUCCAACAAAUCCAACGAUUUCAUCAUCAUACACCUAUGACACAUCGACUCAAGUUCAUUCCCAGCAUAGCAAUGCAAUUAACCCAAGUGCAUCUGCAGUUUCUACAAUUUAUUCAGGCAAUUUUGCGAGACAAAACAAUGAACUUCCUUCAUAUACUGAAAUUUUCAAUGAUGAUCUUCCAACAUAUCAUCAAGUAGUUCACGAAAAUACAAAUAAUACAAGGAACUGA